UGUCUGAGCCAGGUCUAGGGUUUGACUCCAGAGGCCUGGGUCUCCGAGCCCAGAAGAAGCUGCUAGGAAAAAUGACCAGUAAAAAGGUUGCCAUGACUUUCAUUGAUGAAACAACAGGCCGGGUCCUCGACAACACACACAAGAUUCUGAGGCAAUAUAAAGAGAGCAAGAAGGAUGCUGAUAAGAUACUCAAAUACAUCAUCAAGUCUUUGGUCAAGGUUGGAAUUCUGUACAGAAAUGAUCAGUUCAACAGAGAAGAACUGGACAAAAUAGAUCAGUUCAAACAGAAAUUCCACACUUUGGCAAUGACCGUAGUUUCUUUCCAUGAGGUGGAGUUCACGUACGAUAAAGUGUUCCUGAAGAAUAGUCUGCAAGACUGCAAGCAGCUGCUUCAAGGUGUCAUAGAUCGACAUUUGACUGACAAGUCUAAGUUCAGGAUCGGGCUGGUGUUUGAUACUUUCAGCGAACCUGAACUGUUGGACGCAGCAUUCACCAGCACGGCCUACAAACAUCACAUGGAGGCCAUCGUUGCUGAUCUUAGUGCAUUGCUGGAUGAUGGCAGUUUGUGA